UUUGCUGCGACACCAGAGCUCACAUGCUUUUCGUUGGAUCUUCCAAGCAUUUGUGAUGAAGAAAUAACAUCUGUAAAGUGUGCAAUGUGGUAAUUGUGACCGAAAUAGCCAGUUCUCCAUGACGGAUGCCGUGUUUCAGGCUCCUAAGCGGCGGGCGAGGGUUUAUGAGUGUUUUGAAGCGGCUCUUCCUGUCCCGCUGAACGCCGCAGAUGAUGGAGAUCAUGUGUUCAUAUGCAGAGCAGAGAUUAUCGGUCAUCAUGUGUCCGUCACAAACCCUGCUCAUAUACAGCAUCUGUACCACAGGGGUUACUUUGGGAAAGGAGUUUUCUCCAGAUCCAGAUCUGAGCAUAUGAUCUCUCCACAGUGGAAAUAUGUUGGUGACAGAUGCCUACCUGUGAUUUCUUCAUCAGAGUAUCAGCAGCGCCUCAGCUUGGCUCGUGCGGCUCUGGUGAUGCAGGAUCUGGAGGAGGAAUCAGUCAAUAAUGCACUGCAGAUCCUCACAGAACCAGUGGAGUUUAACACUGAAGAACAGCAAGAGCCAGUAAUAAAAUCCAACUCUGACGGAUCACUAAUGGACCAAACCAUGGACACAGAUUUAAGCCCAGAUCAGACUGAGUCUGCACCGCCUCAGCGGCAGGGAAACCCACUUUAUGAUCCUCUGGCUGAAAUCUGUCCUGAAAAACUGGACCAGAGUUUACAAGCCGAUGAGAAAUGCAAAAAACAUGAUGACUGGACUUCUCAGUGUGGCUGUAGAGCAGAUGAGGAGCACAUGAACAGAUCGACCAUGCAAAAAGCUCAAACCUAUGAAUAUGUCCUGGUGGAGUCUGAAGACGAGCAUAAUGAACAAUUAACCCAGGAGAGCGACUCUACUGAUCAGCCAGGUGAGCUGGUGUGCAGAAUCAACCCGUUCCCCAUGCUGGAGUACCUGCAGCUCAGUUAUGAAGAGGCUUUUUUUCUGGUGUAUGCUCUCGGAUGCUUGUCAGUUUAUUAUAACGGGGAGCCUCUGUCCGUCGCUCAGCUGUGGACGAUGUUUCGCUCACUGCAGCCAAACUUCUGCUUCUCCUACACGGCGUAUCAUUAUUACCGCAGUAAAGGCUGGGUGCCGAAGUCUGGAGUUAAAUACGGGACCGACUUCAUGCUCUACAGAAAAGGACCACCGUUUUAUCAUGCAAGUUAUUCAGUGGUUGUGGAUACAGUAGACGAGUGUUUCAGAAGAUCAUCUCUGCGUCCCUUCAGCUGGAGAUCUCUGGCCACUCUCAGCAGAACCACUGGAAACGUCUCCAAGGAACUGAUGCUCUGCUUCAUCAUCGCUCCAUCAGAUGUGACUGGAGAUCUGCUGUUUUCUCCUCAGUGUCUCAAACGCUUCUCAGUGCAGGAGGUGCUGAUGAGCAGAUGGGUUUCCUCUAAAGAGCGAACCGAACAGGAGGAAAUCUAGACAUUCACAAGAGAUCAUUCCUGUCUUUCCCAAUCAUCUUUAUUUAUGUUGAUGAAUAACAUGCAGAGAUCGUUCAACAAUAAAUGCACACAUGGGGAAA